GUUGGUGCUCAUAGGACCGAUCAUCGGCCGAUGAGUUUCUCCAUCCUUAUCGAGGGAGCAAGGCCACCUUGUUGGAUCCUGGAGGGAUGACGAGCAACGGCCCUAACAGGCGCAGGCUGGUAGACUAAGUGGGAAUUCCUUUGCCUAAAGUCAACAUAGACAAAUGGGAGAUCAUGAGUUGGUAUGCCUCGCGAUGGCGCAAUCGGCCGCCUAGAUUUGUGAAUCAAGGCCGAGCAUGCCAACCCGGAAUCCGCAGUCAUGCACAAUCCUAUUGUGAAAUUGAGCUGAUUGAAAGGGCAUUAAAAACUCAGAGUAUGCCAUUAAAUCAUCAUACCCGAGUUACAUGCAUCUUGGGUAUUACGGCCGAUGAUACCGAAUACGAAUCAUGCCUUCUCUGUCAUUCUUUCGGCGAAUGUCGCUCCCUAGCGUGGGCAAGCCAUCCUCCAAGUCAAGCGCCAACGAACAAAAUGCGGAAGAACGAGUCUCAAUCCCCGAGACACAGACGGUUCUCCUGCUACAUGCCCCCCGCCAACCAUAUCAGUUAACAACCUCCUAUCCCGUCCCCCAAGUGAAAGGAAUUCGCGAGGUGCUUGUCAGGACACGCGCAAUUGGGCUCAAUCCCAUUGACUGGAAGGCACCGGAUUUCAACUUCGGCAUACCCGAACUUCCAUAUAUCUCAGGUAGGGAGCUGGCCGGUGAGAUUGUGCAAACCUCAGACCGCUCAUCCCGUCUCAAGCUGGGUGACAGAGUCCUCGUCAUCUCAACCGACUACCGGGACCUCCGGAAGGCUGCGUACCAGGAAUAUGUGGUCGCACUGGAUUACAACACCGUCCGAAUUCCUCCCGCCCUGUCGCUGGAAAAGGCUUCCACGCUGGGCGUAGCGUUUGUGGCGGCAGCAUUAGCGCUCGGCGUCUGCAUGGGCGUUGACUUCUCUGGUGAGCUAGGCGGCCCAGACCUCCACCGCCUGGUCAGGGAGGUUGCAUCCGAAGGUUUGGCCAGCGAUAUUCGGAAGGAGUGCCUCGAUGGCAUCAGAGAGCAUGAGCGGGCGGUUCGCGGGGAUUGGCUGGCUGUCUGGGGUGGCUCUUCCACCUCGGCCCACCUGACCAUCCAGCUAGCCAAGUUGGUGGGCCUGAAGACGGUUGCGAUCGUAGACAAGGCAAAGCACGGGGUGCGGCUCACCAACCACCAGGCCAUUCACACGGACCUACUAGUGGAUAGCCACGACCCUCAACGAGCGGUGGACAUUAUUCGCAGCAACCUCCAGGGGAAACUACGGUUUGGCAUUGAUACACGAGGCGCGGAGUCAGCAACGAGUCUCCUUCAGGCCUUAUCUCCAGGGACUUCAGCACGUCAGUCUCGACCGCUGGUGGGAGCCCCACGGAAUGCAUCGCCACCGUCACCACCAGCCACCCCUGACGACUCGAUGCUGUUGUCGGCGCACUUGAUCGGCCUGACGGGACUGCCGAAGCAUCCCGCCCCGGAAGGCACAGUGUAUCACACGAUUCCGAUCAAGCUGUUUCACGAGAUGCCGGCUAUCGGGGAGGCGCUGUCGAGCUGGCUCGAGCGGUUGUUGGCAGAGGGGCGUAUAUGCGCGCCCGAGGUCCUCGACGUCGAGCAGGGGUUAGGGAGUGUGAACAAGGGCCUGGACCGGAUGAGAAGAGGAGAGAUCAGCGGGGGGAAGUUGGUCGUCAAGGUUGCGUAG